GUUCGUAUUUUGCUCUGUGCCCGAGGGCGGUGUGAGAGUGCCAGUCCUGCCAAAUCAGACACAAACGAGUGUGUGUGAGUGUGAGUGUGUGUGUGUGCGCUUAGAAACAACCGACACCGAUAAACUACGAGAAUGACCGAGCCAGACGACACGAGAUGAGGCAAAGCUCCUUCAGUUCCCACCUUUCCACCUGCGACUCUUGGGUGUGGUUUCUCACAAAUCUCAUCUAAAAUCAUCUUAAUGACCAGGUGUGAUCAGUGCGAGGCGUGCCUGUAAUGGAAGGGGAACCGUGCCUGGAUCUGUGUCACCUGACUGAGGUGGAGCAGACUGUAAUACUCCGAGUUCUGCAGAGAGAUGCUGAGCUACGCAACAAAGAGGAAGGGAGAAUACGGAAGCUGCAGCAGUCGGUGUCAGAUCCUGUCCGUCUGCGCUCUCUCUCGGGCGCUUGGUUUAAUGAAGAGCGUGCUAAGAGAUAUCAGAAAGGGGGAGCUGAUGUUGUUAAUGCCUCUAUACGACGUAAGAGGCGAGAAAAAGAUAUACAUCUUGCUGCAAUAUUUGCUGAAGAAAAAGCUAACUCUUCUCAACUGCAUGAGCAGCAGAAGGUAGACAAAAGUACAGAAAGAGAAUUGCAGGACAACAUUAUUGUAGGAGAGGAUGACAACAGCCAGAAAGAGAAGGAAAGACAGGAAGAAAACGGGCAAAGUCGCAUUCCUGUGGUUGCCCCUGAACAACAAUCCAGGACCAAACACAUCACAAAGAAAAAAGCAGCACAAGAAAAUUGUCUUAAAGAAAGUGUUGGAGAAGACAACGAGAGGACAAUUUUGCCGAGUACAUCACCGACUCUAAAGAUCGAUUCAGAGGGGGACAUGGACUCAGGCAGCACUGAACUAGGCUAUACUAGGUUUGGGUCAGUUAGCAGCUUGACCUCCCAUCAUAUGAUGAAUGGCAGUUUGAUGAGCCUGUACAGUGUGGGUGAUUUCGGAGAUGUUGUAGUAUCAGGGAGGAUCCAGUUCUCGUUGCAGUAUGACGUCAAGAAAGAGGAGCUUCAUGUGCACAUAAUACGCUGCCAAGAUCUUGCGUCGGCCCGCAAAAAUCGAUCAGACCCAUAUGUUAAAGUUUACCUUCUCCCUGACAACACAUCCCGCAGUAAGAAAAAAACUGCAGUGAGGAGGAAAACAUUAAAUCCGGUCUACGAUGAAACCAUGAAAUACAAAGUGCGGAGACUGGACCUCCAGGCUCGUGUGUUGAGUAUGUCAGUCUGGCACAUGGAGAGGAUGAGGAGAAACCUCUUCCUGGGGGAGGUGGAAGUGAGGCUGGCUCAGUGGGACUGGAGCCAGAGCCAACCAACCUGGCACAACCUCCAGCCAAGAGUUAAGUUAAGUCCAGAUGACAUCAUCAGCAGAGGAACUGUUCUCUUCUCGAUUAAGUUUGUACCUCCAGGUUCAGAGGGAAGUGGUUUUCCACCGACUGGUGAGCUCCAUAUUUGGUUAAGGGAGAUUGUUGGUCUACUUCCCACAAAACGUGGCGCACCCAAUACAUAUGUAAAAAGUGUGGUAUUACCAGAUGAAAGUGGCAUCAGUGGCCAGCAGUCUCGAGUAGUGCGAGGAUCUGUCAACCCAGUGUUCAACCACACCAUGGUUUAUGACGGUUUUCAGUCUAGUGACCUUAUUCAGGCCUGUGCAGAGAUAACGGUCUGGAGUCCACAUCCCUCCAGCUGUUUGGGUGGAGUACGACUCAGCACAGGCUCAGGUGUGAGUUACGGUCAGGCCGUCUGCUGGAUGGACUCGACUGAAGAUGAGAUCAGCGUGUGGUCAAGUGUGAUUCAGAGCCCCAACAGCUGGGUAGACACUAGUCUACCAAUCAGAACCAACUUGCAGCUCUGUUCUGAUUGAACUUUGUUUGACCUUUAUUACCCUGUGACUUUGUUUUACAUUGUUUAACAUUCUGGAAUACACUACACAACCUUUUCCCAGACAUUUGACCCAGUUUGCAGUCUGGAUGGCAAAAGUUUGCGAAUUUUGGACAGAUUUCACAGAACUUUGCGUAGUACGUAGUUGCCACAAACUCAUCAAGAUUCAUCUCUAUCUAACUUUAACUUAUGAGGAUAAUUAGGAAAAUGAGAUAUGAGAAUAAUGGUAUUUUGUAUGGUGUCAUAUGUCCAAAUGUAAUGAAGUACUAACUAUUGAUUAAAAGCCCACAUUUUGUCUUUA